AUGGACGACCAAUUCAACGGACGUACCGAUGACGAUCUGUUUGCAGACGAGUUCGAACCUGUCGACACCCGAGAAAACGAGCCAGAGACGAAAAAUGAACCAAGCGCUCCCCCGGUAGUUGAGGAUCAAUUACCGUCUGCGAAUUCCGAACAGCUUAACACAGUAGCAGUUCAACCUACUCCAACCCCUCAUACGCCUCGAUCUCUCAAUCAAUCGCGACAUGCAAAGCAGCCUCCGUCGUCCUCACAUCAUCAAUCGCGACCGCGCAAGCACUCACCAAAACCCGCAGCGGUAGAUUCUCAGCAGCAGCAGCAGCAGCAACAGGAACAACAACCGCAACAACAGGAUUCUCCAGCUAAAAGUACCAGUAGUAGUGGGGGCGGGGGUAGCGACAAGAAAGCGCAAGCGGCGACUGUGAAGCUCGGGCAGAAUACGGCGCUCGCAGACCGGCUGGCAUCCGGCGCAAAUCCUCGUCAGAAGCUGACCGAAUCCGAGCUCGCGAGUAAGAUGGAACAGAUGCGAAUCUUAAAUGCGGAGAAGACGCGCCGAUUUGAGCAAGCAGAGCGCGAUAGUCGCUCACACGCCAUCGCUUAUGAGAAAGGCAUGGAAGAGGCGCGGCGUCGUCGGGCCGAGGAAGCAGAGCGACGUCGCAGAGGUGAGGAAGAGAGGCGCCGUAUGGACGACGAGCGCGCCGCAAAUCGCGAGCGGAAACUCAAGGCUAUGGGCGCCAAGGAAGGUGGCAGCUGGGACGAGGGUAAUAACCUCGAAGAAGAGAGAGAUAGAAGGGCCGGCUUCCGGAGCGCAAACGGUGGUAUUCGUGGCGCACGUAACAACGGUGGCAUAGCUGGGAGUAGAUUUGCGGAGAGGGAUAAUGACGCAAUCCCUAGAGAGUUUGGCCCCGACGAUUUUAGAGGAAGAGGGCGUGGUGGACGCGGCAGGGGAGGUUCGACUAGAGGCGGUGGUAGAGGAGGUAGAGGAGGCUUCAAUCAUGACGGCGAAAGGGGUAGCGCCUAUAAGACGUCAGGGACAACGGCGACACAAAAUGGCAACAAACCCCCAUCACAAAAAGCGGCACAAGCUCCUCCCACCGCAGAGGACUUUCCGGCUUUGCCAGCAGCCAAGAAGCUAGAUACGACGAAUUCUCCUAUCCCAUUACCUGAGCUUAAUUCGCCGAUUGGAAAAUGGGAUGAUGAGAUGGCCGCUCUAGACGUUAAGUCUGGAGCUUAA